CAUCAAGAAAAUGCGUGAGAUUCGCGGCGCAGUUGUUUCCUCUCAGACCGAAUCAACUAGUUACCCCGCAAUGUGACUUCGGUAACCAGCACGUCGCUAAGUUUAGUCCGAAAAAAUUUCUUCGCGGUUUUGUUGUUAUAUCUGACCACCUGUGGAUUUCAAUUGGGGAGCUUUAAAUCACCUGAAUGAUGGGGAAAAACUUCUUCGACAUGCUCCCUCAGCUUUUGCGGCUUUAAAGUGGUUUUUGCUUAAUAAUUUUUUUCACUCUUUCAACUAAAUGAAAGCAACCUUGGAAGUGCGUCGUAUGUUUUGGUUCCUCUAAGCUCUCGGGAUUCUUUUCUUAUUGCGUUAGUGAAUUUUACUACAACUACCCCUUUCUACGCGAAGUGAAUUAAAAGUUGUACUACGAUUACUGAUUGUUUUUUCCUGUAGUUUUCACCAUGCCUACGUAGUACAUAUCAACAUUACAGUUACGUAAUUAAGUGAAAACAAGUUAAACUCGUACAUUAUUUUUGUUCUAGUCCACCUUACUUGAUAUUGUUUGUUUUUUAUUUGUGAUUCGUUUAUUUUUAACUUCAAGAAUUUGUGUUUUUUCUGACAUGCCGUCUAAACAGGACUUCAUUACCUUUGAAAGUGUGAUUAACAACUGCUGUGCCGCUAAAACCUAACUUAAAGUAUUGUGUUUUGAUGUGAAUUAAUCAAAACUGGGUACUUUCAACACCUUGUUUUCUUCCGACUCUGACCAUCAUCAAUUUUCAAAAGUGGAUUACCACGCGGGACUCACAACUAUGGACCCAUUGGACAUCGACCCGAACUUUGAGCCUCAGACGAGGGCCCGGUCGAAUACAUGGCCCUUGCCCCGUCCUGAGAACUUUGUGGAAGCCGGGGAAGGUGAUGAGAAAAGCGGAUUGCCUGCCCAUCUGCAGGGGCAUAUCCCCGGCGGCGCCCUCGAUCCACAAGCCCCGAAGAAAAAUUCCUCAAGGCGGAAUGCUUGGGGUAAUAUGUCUUAUGCCGAUCUUAUCACACAGGCUAUCCAAAGUUCUCCUGAAAAGAGAUUGACACUCGCCCAAAUAUACGAGUGGAUGGUACAGAAUGUGGCAUAUUUCAAGGAUAAAGGGGACAGCAACAGUUCUGCCGGUUGGAAGAAUUCCAUACGACACAACCUGUCACUGCAUAACCGUUUCAUGCGCGUCCAAAACGAAGGCACUGGCAAAAGCUCAUGGUGGAUGAUCAACCCUGACGCCAAACCUGGCAAGGCUGCUCGGCGCAGAGCUACCAGCAUGGAAACGCAGAAAUAUGAAAAGAAACGCGGCCGAGUAAAGAAGAAGGUUGAAGCUCUACGAAAUGGUGCUACUCCGAGUCCCAGCUCAUCUGUUUCAGAAGGCCAGGAUUUAUUUCCCGAUUCGCCAGUCCAUCAUGGCUUCCAGCUGAGUCCUGAUUUCCGUCCGAGGGCUUCAUCCAACGCCAGCUCAUGUGGUGGUCGCCUCUCACCCAUACCGGCCGUAGAAUCAGACAUCCAGGAGAGUGACAUGCCAUCUCUGGAGCCAUUGUCAUGGAAUACUGAUAUGGUGCAUCUUGGUGGAUACGAUCAGCAGUCAGUUUCUUCAGGCAAUGGGAUGGACAGAUUCACAACUGAUCACCUGGUGAAAUCUCUUACUGAAUCGAUGAAAUUGCGGAAUGGCUCUGGUGGUGAAGCAGACAGCUUUUCAAGAUUAGCUGAUUGUGCAGUCAAACCUAUAUCUAAUGGCAGACCAUCUCCUCAGCAACUUGGAUCUGGUGGGAGUUACACACUGAAUUUCAACCCUCACUAUGGCAGCAAUGGUAGUCUCAAUCGAAACACUGGGGAUUAUCGACCACCUGUUUAUCAACAACAAGUCAGCCCCGAUCAAAUAAAUGCUAUAAAACGGCCUCCUGCUCAACAACAGGUGAUAGAAUCGGUCAAUGGUAGAUCAUACACCUUGACUAAUCUCCAGAGUCUAAACAACCAGCAGCAGCAGACAAUGCAGUCCUCUGCACAACUUGAUGGAAUGCAGAGUUACAGGCAAGUUUCCUUUUUAGACAGUGUCGAUCCUUUAAUAAGGAGUGUAACGCAACAGCCACACCAACAGCAGUCAUUGUACAAAGAAAUGAAGGAAGAACGUUUAUCACCACUGCUUGCUGCAUGUGCAAGCACGCCACAAAACCCAGCUCCUUCUUACCACCAACACAUGUUAAGUCAGCAACAACACAUGCAACCGCAGCAACAUCAUCUUCAACAGCCAUCAGCUUCUGCUACAUCUCUAGUAAACACAGCUAACCAUGUAGUGCUAACCAUGUACAACUCCUUUCCACAGGAUCUGGACAUCGAGCAACCUUUUGGUGGGUUGGAGUGUGAUGUGGAUCAAGUCAUUCGCCAUGAACUCAGUGUUGAUGGCAAUUUGGACUUCAAUUUCGAUUCAGCAUCCAUGAAUGGAUCAUCAUCGAACUCGCAGCACCACCAGGCUGCAAUCACAUCCACUCGCUCAUGGGUGCAUUAGUUAUUGCUUUUGAAAUAUCGAGACAAUAUGGUAGUUGGAUAGGAAAAUGGUGAUGAUUUCCCCCUUCCCUAUACAUAUAUAUAUAUUUUUUAAUUGGAAAAAGGUUGAAUUGUUUAAGAAUUACUUAGCUGAUUAUCUAAAUUAACAUAUGUGUCUAGCUAAUAGGCACAUUGGCGAAACUGAUUUUCUGCGUUACAAAAACAAUAUUUAAUAAACAAAUGAAAGGAAUAUUUAAAUAAUUUCCCAUUGAUGGGUCUUAAAAAAUCAAAUUUUGGCGACGGCUGUGCCCAAUUCUUAUUCAUUUGGUAAAAUGUUCUUCUAGAAAUGGGAAAAAAAGUAUCUUACGAACUAUUCCUAGAAUAUCUCAUUAUCA